CUGGAUCCCAUGCUAGGUCUAUUGUUCUCCAAUUACCAUACUGAUUACUGAUUGAAAGUUUUGAUUUGCAAUUAUCAUCUCAGAAGAACACAUUGCAUCUGCUGCGCAGUCCAUUUCACUUUCUUCUACUAUUUAAAAGACAUUGUGAGCCCCUUGCCAUUGAUAGGGGAAAUAUAACCAACCAGUAUUUGUGUUUUGUUACCUGCCUCAUUUUCUUCAAGCUUACCAAACAUGGGUAUCUACAAUCUUGAGUUUCCAAAGCCCAUUGAGGGCCACACUGCAACAAAAAUCUUCAACAGACUUAGUGGCCAGCCUGAUUCCUACGCAAGAAACAAAAACUAUGUCUAUGGCAAAGUAUUGGGUUGUGGUACCUUUGGUGUCGUUAGAAAAGCUCUCAAUCGUCAAACAAAUGAGCAGGUCGCUGUUAAAAUCAUCUUAAAAAAAACAUUAAGAGGUAACUACAACAUGGUCUAUGAUGAAUUGAAACUAUUGCAACAACUAAAUCACCCUCAUAUUGUUGGUUUCAGAGACUGGUUUGAAAGUAAGGACAAAUUUUAUAUCGUAACUCAAUUAGCCACUGGUGGUGAACUAUUUGAUAGAAUUGUUUCUAGAGGAAAAUUCACUGAAAAGGAUGCUGCGGUUUGCAUUUCUCAAAUCUUGGAUGCUUUAUCCUAUAUCCAUUCAAAGCACAUUGUUCAUAGAGAUUUAAAACCUGAAAAUGUUCUUUAUUUAAGAUCCGAAGAAGAAGAUCCAAAUUCUCCAAUCGUCCUAGCAGAUUUUGGUAUCGCCAAAAAACUAGAAUCUCCCAAUGAAAUGAUAACUUCAACCGCUGGCUCUUUUGGCUAUGCUGCCCCAGAAGUUCUUUCUGGUUUUGCUCAUUCAAAGGCCUGCGAUAUUUGGUCCAUUGGUGUAAUAACUUAUACCUUAUUAUGUGGUUAUUCGCCUUUCAGAUCUGAAACAAUCAAUGAUUUCCUAUUAGAGGUUCAAAAUGACAACUGCGUUGUCUUCCAUAAGAGAUUCUGGAAAAACAUCUCAGUCGACGCAAAAUAUUUCAUCCUAAGUAUGCUAAGAAUAGACCCCAAUGAAAGACCAACCGCUGACCAACUUUUAAAUAAUAUUUGGAUAAAGAAAACUGCUUCUGAAAACUCCUCUUGUGACUUAUUACCUAACAUUAGAGAAGGUUUCAAUGCCAGGACUAAAUUUAGACAAGUUAUUGAAGUCGUUAAAUUCAAUAACAGAAUCAAAGCUUUAAAAGAACAGGCUAACAGUGAAGAAUCUGACGAUGAUGAUGGUUUUGCCGAUCUAGGUUCUACUUCUCCUAAAUUGAUCCCCCCUGAAACAACCGCCUCAUCUUCUACUUUAGUAAACAUCUUCUCGUCCUUAGCCAAUAGAGCAAAGAGUCCCAGAAAUUCUUUAACUCCGCCAAAACCCUCAAGAAAUUCUCUUACUCCAACAAAUACGUCAAGCUCUUCAUCUUCAUCUCAUUCUAGAACAAAAAGUGAUUUAACAAUCAAGGCUUUUCAACAAAUGGUUAUAACUGCUCAACAAAAUAAAGAAAGAAUAAUUAAUGAUCAAAAUAAUACUCAGAAAUAAUCUCUUCAAAUACUACUAAUAAUAUUAAUAAUAUUAAUAAUUAUAUUUACGUAUUUAUAUUUCAGUUUUCUCAUACAAAUUGAGUUUAAAAAUAUUGUGUCUAUUAUUUUAAUUUACUUUUUUC